AUGGCCGAGCAAAUCCUUGACACGGUCCGAGAUGUGGUAGAGGGCCAGAUUGUACGACCUCCGGACUGCAAUACAAGCCGUCGCCCCCUGCGAGGCUGCCCUUCCACUCUCCUUAUGCAGUUGGCUGACAUGCGCCAGGAUUUCCAUGGCCAACGGCGUGCCGAGAACUUUGCUACGCUGCUCCUCGCCUUAUCUGGGCUUUUGGCAUUCAACAUUGGGUACUACUACCAAGACAUUCGGAUGGCUGUGUUCAUUGGGCUGGGAGGCACUUUGUUGACGUUCCUGCUCGUCACUCCGCCAUGGCCUUUUUACAACAAAAAUCCCGUCAAAUGGCUUCCCGCUGGCUCUGGAUGGCAGUAG